AUGUUCGUUUCUGAUACACAUUUACUCGGUUCACGUGAAGGCCAUUGGUUUGACAAACUACGGCGCGAAUGGCAAAUGUAUCGAUCGUUUCAAUCUGCAAGAUUUCUCUUUGAUCCCCAUGUAAUAUUUUUUCUGGGCGAUGUAACUGACGAAGGAAAAUGGUGUUCAGAUGAUGAAUGGGAAGCAACAGUGCAACGCUUUCAUUCCUUAUUUGCUGUUCCAACGGAUACGAAAGUGUAUGUUCUGGCAGGAAAUCAUGAUGUUGGCUUCCACUAUGCGGUAUCAGAUGGUCGUUUAAAACGAUUUGAGUCAUCAUUUCAAGCGCCACAUGUUCGUUUGAUCACGAUUGACAAUAAUGAUGAUAAUCUUUAUUUUAUACUAAUCAAUUCCGUAGCAUUCGAGGGUGACCAAUGUCGAUUAUGUAUGCGUGCUGAAAAAGAACUCAAUGAAAUUGUUCAAGAUUUAAAACAAGUACGAACAUGGACACGACCCAUCUUAUUAUCCCACUUCCCGUUGUAUCGUCCAUCAGAUGAAAAUUGUACGCAAUACAUACAGUCUUCUUCAUCGUUUACUUCAUCUCGAUUCACUUUGCUCAAGGAACGUUAUGAUGUCUUAUCUCAAGAAGCAUCCCAGCAUUUAUUAGAAACAAUACAGCCUCGUCUUAUAUUUACAGGCCAUACACAUGAUUUUUGUUAUACUCGACAUAUAGGAACCAAUGGUCGAAUCAUUCCCGAAUGGACAGUGCCAUCAUUUUCUUG